AUGGGUUGGUUUUGGGGAAGCAGUAGUAACAAUGAAAAUCAAUCUAAUAUUCCUAAAGAAUGCCCAAUGAGAAAGGAGAAAGAAGAGAAAGAUGAAAAUUUAUUAUUUUUUAGUGAAUGUCCUUCAAAUAUGGCUAAUAAUGGAUCCUGUCCUGUACAAAAAAAUCCUUUAAACGGUGAGGAAAAUCCUAAUCAAAAACCUGCACCAGAUCAGCCAUUUAGUUUGUCAACUACGAGAGUAAAAUCAUCGAUACCUAAAGCUGGAACUGAUGAAAAUUGGGAAUAUCCUUCACCACAAAUGUUUUGGAAUGCUAUGAGGAGAAAAGGAUGGAACUGGAGAAGUGAUAAUAUGACACAAGCUGAUAUGGAAAAGCUGAUUCUUAUUCACAAUGCUAAUAACGAAGAAGCUUGGAAAGAAAUAUUAAAAUGGGAAGAAUUGCUACAUCCAGAAUGUGCAGCUCCAAAGUUAAAAAGUUUUAAAGGAAACGCUAAGAAAUUAUCACCACGUGCGAGGGUUCGUAAUUGGAUGGGAUAUGAAAAACCUUUUGAUAGACAUGAUUGGAUUAUAGAUAGAUGUGGAUUGACUGAUGUACACUAUGUCAUAGACUAUUAUGACGCUGGGGCAGUUGAUCCAGAAACAAAAUUAUUUACGGGACUUGAUGUUCGUCCUGCAAUGGAUAAUUUCUCGAAUAUUAUAGAUAGAGUAAAGGUGGCUAAAAUGAGAUUUCAGGUUGAAUGGUUUGGUAGUACUCCAAAGUUACCAGAUCAUUUGAAAAAAAGUGAAUCUAGUUCUCAUUAA